AUGUUCAACAUGAGGGGUCGUACUUUGCAGCUGGCCAUCACAAUCAGCUCGGGCAGCGCCUAUUUGCUGUUUGGCUACGAUCAGGGUGUGCUGGGAGGCCUGGUUUCGGAACCCAGCUGGCUGUCUGCAAUGGGCAAUCCGAGUGCAACUUAUGUGGGAAUCAUCGUUGCGCUCUUCAACAUCGGUUGUCUCGCCGGGUGCGCGGUUGCCGCUCUCUGGGGAAACCGUCUUGGACGGAAGAGGACUAUCGUCUGGGGAUGUCUCACGAUGAUUGUUGGGGGCAUUAUCCAGGCCAGUUCAUUCGGUGCUCCGCAGCUCAUCGCAGGGCGAAUUGUCUCUGGCAUAGGAAACGGAAUGAAUACCUCGACAGUGCCCGUUUAUGUGUCCGAGACCUCUCGCAGCACGGUGCGCGGUAGAUCGCUUGCCAUUCAGAUGUCCAUUGUGAUUUUUGGCACUGUGGUUGCAUACUGGCUGGACUACGGCAUGAUUCGGAAUCAUACGGGCGAUGUCGUGUGGCGCUUCCCCCUCGCUUUCCAGGACGUCUUUGCCAUCAUCACCGUGGCCACCAUGCCCUUGCUCCCAGAGUCUCCCAGAUGGCUCUAUUCUAAGGGCCAAAAGGCAGAGGCGGUUCGGGCCCUCUCCGCCCUCAUGGACCUUCCUGAUAACGAUCGCGAAAUCACAACCAUCGUCGCCGAGAUGGAACAGGCGGUUUCCCUCGAGCAGCGCGACUCGAGGCUCAGCUUCCGAAGUCUCUUCCUCGACAAGACGGACAUGAAGAAUGGACGGCGGUUGGUGCUCUGCUUCAUGCUGCAGCUGUUCCAGCAAUUCACGGGUAUCAAUGUUAUUGCGUUUUACGUCACCAUCGUGCUUGAAACCAACGUGGGCUUGAGCCGGCAGACGAGCAGCCUCGUUGCCGGAUUUAUUCAGAUAGCAUUCUGGGCGGGCACGUUCCCUCCCAUCGUCCUCAUGGAUCGUUUGGGUCGGCGCAAGGUGCUCAUGUACGGAUCAGCCAUGCUAUGUCUUGCAAUGGUUCUGUUCACAGUUGGUGUGGCACUCGACACGUCAGCCUCAUCCAAACUCGCCCUGGGGAUGCUCAUCAUCUAUGAGUUCUCGUUUGGAAUGUCGUGGAACUGCGUCCCAUGGCUGUAUGCUCCGGAGAUUACGCCGCUGAACCUUCGCCAUCUUGGAGCCGCUGUGGGUUGUUUCUCUGAGUGGCUUUGGACCUUCGUGAUUGCCAUCAUGACGCCAACUGCCAUUGAGAACACCGGCUGGAAAAUAUACUUGUUAUUCUGCAUCUUUCUCGCUUUGAGUAUCCCAUUUGUCUACUUCUUCUUGCCCGAGACAAACGGCAAGACUCUAGAGGAGAUCGACUAUAUCUUCGUCAAGGACAGGCCAUCGCUUCCGUCCACCUCCAGAUCGUCCGACAUUGACAUGCCCGUCAAACAGAUGGGGCAGAGCAACCAGGUCGAGACUGUUUAA